UGAUUGUUUUGGAUUGCACCACUCUGACAACAACUUUUCUCCAAUGUUCCUUUGAUGAUUCAUAUUUAUUCUGUUUUAUUUAUAUUGUGAGCCAACGUGUAAAAACAUCAUUUAGCGUUGCUAAAGUGUUGUGAAACGGACGUGAUAUUUGUGUGCAUUUCAUACUUGAUAUUGAAACCGUAUUUUCGCCAUGGAAGACCAGGUACCAUUUAAAAUCUACACCUUCUGGGAUGAGGAGUCCAAGCCGGAAGUGAGGCGAUUUGGGAUCGAGAAGACCACUGUGACCAGCUUUCAUUAUUUGAAUGCUAAACUCCAUGACGUGUUUCCUGGAUUGAAGACCAAAACGUACUCGGUGACCUGGAAAGAUGAGGAAGGUGAUAAUAUCACCGUUUCGUCCGAUGAGGAGAUGGUGACCGCUCUAUCAACUUUGUGCGGUGACGGGAACCUCAUCAAGCUCCACGUCUACGUGAAGGAUGCUGAAAAGGAGGAUGAUGCUGAUAUCAUCAUCACCGCUGUGACUGACAAUGCCACUGUUGGGCCAUCCAACCUACAUCACUGUGGGGUGACGUGCGAUGGUUGCGAUUCGCCGGUGGUGGGCUUCCGUUACAAGUGUACGUCAUGCCCGGACUAUGACUUGUGCUCGAAAUGCGAGGGAUCUCGAAUUCAUCCCGAGCAUUGCAUGGUGCGGGUGCCGUCCCCCAUUAUGCCACGCGCCCUGAUCAAGGCCGCCAUCAAGAAGUCGCGGCACAUGCUGAAAUCCAUGGCGGUGUCCAUGCCCGACGAGGGAGGCCACCACAAGCGCCAUAAGCGCGACAAGAGCGGUGACCGCCACCGCGGUGACCGCCACCGCGGCCCGCGCAACAGCUGGCUCGAGACCUUCGCCACUUACAUGAACGAAUUCGCCAACCUGGCCGGCGAUGUGCCUCAAGAUUCCCAGAAGAAACCGGAGGAACCUAAAACCAACAACGAAGCUCAAGCUCCCAAAUCUGAGGCUUCCACCUCCACAGGAGGCCACCCCUUCCACCCCGGAGUGGAGAACAUUCCCAAGCUUGUGGAAAUGUGCCUCAACGGCACUUUGGUCAAGCAUCUGAGCCAGCAGGCCCCGGCUUCCACUUCAGCUGCCACUUCGGCUGCAGCUGAAGCUCAGCCUACCCCAGCGAGCCCUCCCAAGGUGUCAUCGUCCAACUUGAAUGACCUCGAUGUGGAGAUGACCGAUGGCAAUAAGCAAGUCCCCGAGGCUGAGAAGGAGACUACUCAGGCUACUGCUUCUCAGGCUGCUGCUGCUCAGCCCGCUGAACCUUCAACCGGCACUCAAUCUGCUGGCACCGAGACCCCGAGAGAUGCAUCACCUGAGAAGGUUGAUGGUUGGACUGUGAUUAACAAGGAGAAAGAUCUUAUGGAUGCCACUGAUAAGCCCACUGCACCUACUGACGGAGCCAUUCCCCUGGAAUACAAUUUAAACCAUGAGUUCCACACUCAUGUGACCCUUGCUGACACAACACACCAUAUCUACCCCCACAUGAUUCCACCAAUGCCACUGCAGCCUACACCUGCUACUGCUAUCCCUCUGCCGGCCGGAUCCUACCCUAUCCUGCCGAAGUCUUGCCCUUCGCUGCACCCAUCAGGCAAUGCGUUCGCGCCAAAGCCGCCGCAGUUUUCGCCGUCCGGCGCAGGGAUGGCUCCUCAGCCAGGAGUACCAAUGCCCCAGGUCAAAUACCACCCAAUGCCCAUGCCGAUGCCGCCACACCCACCAACCAUGCCUCAUGUGAUGAUGCCGCAGUAUAUGCCUUGGAUUACCAGCACCAUCCCUUCAGGGAAUACGCAAGUGAUGCCCAACCCGUUUGAACCGGUGUUCUCGUCUGCCGCAACUGCUGCUGCUCCUCAGCCGAAACCUGCAUCUUCGGCUCAGCCGAAACCGGCACCAAUGGCUCAGACCAAAUACCACCCAAAGCCGAACGUAGACGCGGCCAUCAAGCAAAUGUUGGCCAUGGGCUUCACCAACGAGGGCGGUUGGCUCACUCAGCUGCUGGAAAGCAAGGACGGCAAUAUCGCAGCUGUGUUGGACUUGCUCACCCCUGUGAGCCCCAACAAGCCUAAGUAAACAAUCUCCGAACCAACGAUAUAAGUACUUUAGAUACAGCGUCUGCGCUCUAAACUUGACCCAAAAAGAAUGCUUGAUACAUCGUCAGCGCUUUAUCCAUGACUCGAAAAAAGAGCGCUUUUUCAAGCGCUAUCUUUCUCACAAUCGCCCAUCGAAGUGCUCCGUGAAAAAUGCAGAAAAAUAUAACCACUCCAAAAAGGAAGGAGUGUCGUAUUUCUAGUUAUGAAUAAAAUAUCAGUGUUUUAUAAUUGAAUGUCUUAAAACGAGAAAAUGGGACCCGCGUCUUGCAACUUUUGGGACAGUUUUGGUAAUGCAGUUGUAUCUAGGAUAUUUAAUAUCGUUGAUUAUAACGGCCUUUUCGCUUGUACUUAGAAAAGGCCUGCUCUCUUUUUAUUAUCAUUAGGGAUAACAAUAUACGAUUUUAUUCUUAACUGUAGUUAUAAUUUGGGUUUGCUAAUCUCAUUUAUGCUUGUUAUUAUACAAAUGAUUAGCACUAUUAGUGCCCAAAAAUAUAUGUGUCUAGAUAUCGCCUAAUUUAGGAUUUAAAAUGUACCUCUCUAUGGUAGUGGUGAUCCACAUUUUAGGUCUAAAGUGAUUAUUGUAUGUGAUCAAUGAUUAAUCUGUAUGUCGUACCUAUAAUAAUAGUUUUUUCCAGUCUAUUUAGCAGGUUUUAUGUAUUCGUCAUCUUUGUAUGUGAUGAAAUUAUGAUACUUCUGCAUUUCUUUUUAAUACAUACAUUUCUUGAUUUCUCUUUUCUUACUUUAAGAUUAUCUUUUAACUUAUAAAUAUUGUUUUCUUUAUUUACCUUUGACAAAUUACAAAUUAAGUAUAAUAUGUUACAAAACCAAUCAAUAUAAUUAUUUUGUGUAACUCAUAUCCUGGACGAAUGGGUAACAUUAAAAUGUAUGUGAUAUUUAGUAUGACUGAGUGAUCUUAUAUUAGUUUAAUUAUACUACGAUGUAUUACUGUAGUGAUAUUGUAACCAUUAUU